AUGCGGUGGAAGCUACCGACGACACUUCCGGCCGGUGCCGCUAUUCUCCUCCUCCCUUCGCUUCUUCUCACAGCUCCGCAGCAGCUGUCUUACGCUCAACAGCACGAUGCCGCCGUAUCGUCUUCCAUUUACGUGGCCUCGCGCCCAACGGGCCGGUCGAUCAUUGACGAAAGCCCUCAUACAUAUUUUCGAGACACUCAUACACACAUGCCGCCGGACGUGAAGAAAAUCGAUCCGGACGAUGUGAGCGCCCUAGCAACUCUGGCUCUGGCAGGCUCCAAUAGUCAUGCCGUUCGAGCCCCUCCUGCCCAGCUGAGCAGUCCGACUGCCGGCUUGGUGUCGCAGCUUCAAGCGCGGUCCUUACAGGACUGGGAGGUUGAGGAUUUUGUCUUGUUGGCGACCGUCGAUGGUACCAUUCAUGCUCGAGAUCGCAAAACAGGUUCUCCACGAUGGGCCCUAGAAGUGCCCAGUAGCCCCAUGGUCGAGAGUAUCUAUCAUAAUCGCUCAAUCACCGGUCUCGACACAGAAGCCUCAGUUCGAGAUGACGACUUCCUAUGGAUCGUGGAACCUAGCAUGGAUGGCAGUCUCUAUAUUUUCAGUCCCGGAAAGCGAGGGGGCCUUCACAAACUGGGACUUACCGUGAAAGAUCUUGUCAACGAAACGCCUUAUUCUGGGACAGACCCAGCAGUGACUUAUACUGCCCGUAAGGAGACAACUCUUUAUACCGUUGAUGCUCGUACGGGCAGUAUCCUCCGCGUUUUUAGCUCUCGCGGCCCUAUGUCCACAGAUCACAAUUGUAAGGUUGAUCGAUUCGCUACCGACGACGUUCUUGAUGAUAACGUCGAUGGUACGGAUGCUGCGAACUGUGGGGGCACCACUGGGACGUUGACAAUUGGCCGUGUUGAGUAUGCCAUUGCUAUUCAGAACACGGAGACUGGCGAGCUUAUAUGCACUUUGAAGUAUUCCGAGUGGACGCCUAACAAUCGCGACAUUGAUCUGCAAAGCCAGUACUCUAAGACUAUGGAUCAAAGUCAUAUUUAUAGUAUGCACGACGGUGUCGUUCUCGGCUUUGAUCAUUCGCGCAUGGAACGCCCUCGUUAUACGCAACGCUUCUCGUCUCCUGUCGUACGAGUAUUUGAUGUUGCGCGACCGGUCAACGUCCAGUCUCCAGAUUCUCCUCUGCCACUGGUCUUACUGUCUCAACCGCUUGAACCCCCUGACCCUGACUAUGCCGCCUCCCCGGACACUGACCACCGAGUUUUUAUUGAUUGUACGGAGGCUGGCGGCUGGUACGCCAUGUCUGAAACGACAUAUCCCCUAGUGACAGGCCGUGCAGGCAUGGCCCAGUGUUACGAUAAGGACUUCUUCCGCGAUGGCCAUUCACUACUUACGCUCGAUCGUGAGCGCCAGCGCAAAGCCCUUGCUGGUGUACAUUUGGUGAAUAUGCCCGCUGGCCAUUCUGGGCGCCGCAGUCAGAUGCAUAGCAUCUCCGGCCCUUCGGCUAUAGGAGGUGGUCAAAACGGCACACCUCGUGAUGUAAUCAGCUCUCCAUCAUACCUAGCUUCACCCCCUGCUCUGAGACAAAGUGUUAUCAUUCGAACUGGCUGGGAAAAUCGGACGGAUAUAUUCGUCUUGGUCAUUCUUGCCCUGUUCGGCUACUUUCUCUGGGUGAAUUCGGCAUUGUUUCAAGAACAAUUGAAACAAAAGCUGGACCUAAAGAAUAUCAUGGCCGCUUAUGAUCAGCACAUAUCUGACUCACCGACAUCUCCAACGGUUAACUCCUUUCAACGAGAUUCGAGCCCAGUCGGUAUCCGUUCCGAUUUUGCAACACCUAGAAAGGCGUCCGUCCAUUUAGAGGACUUGCAAGAUGUUGACAAUGAAUCGACUCCACGAAAUGAGCGGACUUCGUCUCGAUCUGACGAUCCAGAAACGACGCCUCGAGUCCGGAUCCGCGAGCCUUCCCGAGGACCUGAUGAUGAGAAAGACGAGUUGAACCUCCAGGAGCCCACGAAGAAGAAGAAACGCCAGAGGGGUCAGAGAGGUGGCAAAUCGCAUAAAAGGAAGCCAAAGCCUGGCUCGGACGAGGAAAAAGCUCUGUCCCAGGCUGUAGAACAGGUCAAAUCACUGGCUCCACCGUCGGGACUGGAACCGGACGUACAAUUGUCUCGCCAAGUUUCGAAUGAAAUUUACGAGAUCGACUGCUCCAUUCGUAUUGGUCAACUCAAGGUGUAUACAGAUACAGUGCUGGGCCAUGGCAGUCAUGGAACCAUUGUCUACAAGGGAUCUUUCGAUGGACGAGAUGUGGCUGUUAAGCGAAUGCUGGUCGAAUUCUUUGACAUCGCGUCACACGAGGUUGGUUUGUUGCAAGAGAGCGACGACCACAGCAAUGUCAUUCGAUAUUAUUGCCGUGAACAGGCGGCCGGAUUCUUGUAUAUCGCUUUGGAACUUUGCCCAGCCUCGUUACAAGAAGUAGUUGAGAAACCGCACGAGUAUCCUCAAUUAGUGAAAGGCGGGUUAGACGUCCCAGAUGUCUUACGACAAAUUACCCUCGGUGUACGGUAUUUACACUCGCUGAAGAUCGUGCAUCGAGAUCUCAAGCCACAAAAUAUCCUGGUUGCUGCGCCACGAGGCCGCAGCAUGAGUAGCCAGUUUCCGGCACUCCGUCUUUUGAUUUCAGAUUUUGGGUUGUGUAAGAAACUCGAAGAUAAUCAAAGCUCUUUCCGGGCAACUACAGCGCAUGCAGCAGGCACAUCUGGAUGGCGUGCACCAGAGCUGCUGGUGGAUGAAGAUCAACAGUCGGCUAUAGCCAUCAAUGGUGGAGGGCAUUCUAACCAUACCGAGUCAUCAGAACCGGCAGUGGUAGAUCCACAGACAAACCGACGAGCGACUCGUGCCAUCGAUAUUUUCUCUUUGGGGUGCGUGUUUUACUACGUUCUCACACGAGGAGGACAUCCCUACGAUAAGGACGGCAAGUUUAUGCGCGAGGCCAAUAUUGUCAAGGGCAAUUAUAACCUUGAGGACUUGGAACGGUUGGGUGACUAUGCGUUUGAGGCUGAUGAUCUUAUCCGCAGCAUGCUUUCACUGAAUCCUCGUAGUCGUCCCGACGCAACUGCCGUCCUCAUGCAUCCCUUUUUCUGGAACGCUGCCGAUCGGCUGAGUUUCCUAUGCGACGUGUCUGACCAUUUCGAAUUUGAACCUCGUGAUCCUCCAUCUCCUGCGCUCCAGUAUCUUGAAUCUGUGGCCCGCAAUGUCAUGGGCCCGGAAAUGGAUUUCCUCAAACUCUUACCAAAGGAGUUCAAAGAUAGUCUUGGCAAACAACGUAAAUACACAGGGUCACGCAUGCUCGACUUACUCCGCGCUCUACGCAACAAACGGAACCAUUACAAUGAUAUGUCGGAGCAUCUGAAAGCGCACAUUGGCGGUCUACCAGAAGGCUAUUUGCGAUUCUGGGCCGUGAGAUUUCCCUCAUUAUUGAUGAAUUGCCAUAAUGUUGUGGUAAAGCUGGAUUUGUGUCGGUUGGAGAGGUUCAAGCGAUAUUUCACACCGCCGGAGUGAUUACCUGCCGCUACAUGAUAUUAAUGAUUAAAUAUUAUAACGAUUGAUGCGGAUCUGAAACUAUAUGGCAAUACGGAGUACUCUGGAUAGUUAACAUAACUGUGCCGCACUUUUGUGAUUCCAUCACCGGUAAUACCGAUUUUGCACUUAAAUAUGUAUAAAUACAGCGAGGGUUAAAAGCAUCUAUAAGCAUAAAUGGCAAAAUGUACGUGUUGUUUCU